CACAAACAGUCAGCUCAUCGUUUACAAUCAGAAAGAACCAUUCCCUCGGUUCGUUCUCCCUAACCCUAUAAAUACUCGGCAGAUGCCGCGAACCGUCUUCUCCUCUUAUCAUUUCAUGUAACCCAACCACUCAACCAACAAUAUUCCUUCUUCUACACCUCCACCUCCAAACUUCAGCUAGCCAUGGGGGACGAGUACAGCAGCAGCAUAAACUGGUGGGACCCUUCCCGUACUACCAGCAGGUUCGACAGCAGCGGAGCAGCAGCAGCGUCGUCCACCACCACCGUCGGCGGCGGUGGAUGCUUUAGCUCCGCCGCGGAUACUUCCGGUUCUGGUGCGGACGAGCAGCUGCACAUGAUGGGGCUGGGCCUGUCCUCGCAGGCGAUGGAAUGGAACCACGCGCUGCUGAGGGGGGAGAAUAACAAGGAGCACGACCAGCAGAGCAGCAGCUUCCGGUCAAUGCUACAGGAAGACCUCACUUACGGCCACCACCAGCCGACCAGCGGCGGCGGCGGAGGGGGAGGAGGAGGAAUGGGGCUGUGGAGGGAGCGGCCGACGACGACGACGUCGUCGUCGUCGGUGUACACCUCAGAAGCCGCCGCCUCGUCCAUGAGAGGAUUCUCCCUGGAGCAGCAGCCGCCGCUGCACGACUUCUGUGGCGGCGGCGGGGGAGGCGCGGGGGUUAUGUUUCAAGCGGCGGCGGGUUCGUUCGACAGCAGGUUGAUGGGCGGAUACCCGACGGCGUCGUACGGUGGCGGUACUGCUGCUAAUACGGCGGAUUUUGGGAUUGUUGGGAACGACUCGAGUUGGUCUAGUGGUGGGAAUAAGACGGUGCCUCAAUUUCUGAGGAAUAACAACUCGCCGCCCAAGCAGCAGCAGCUGCACUUCUCUAACAACGCUCCGUUUUGGAACGCGUCGUCGGCGGGGAUGGGUGGCGAGGUCCGGGCGCCGUCGGGCGGCGGCGGGUUCUUCCCGGCCUUGCACCACCAACAACAACACCACCAGCAGCAGCAGCAACAUCAGUUUCCUGCUGCGUCGAGUUUUGAUGACAAGCCAAAGAAUAAUAUGGCUGGUGAGGAAGGGAAUUCAAGGUCAGUGGUGGUGAAGAAAAGUGAGGGUGGAGGAGGAACUGCCACUAAAAGGCCCAGGAAUGAAACAGCAGCAUCCACUUUGCCAGCCUUUAAGGUGAGGAAAGAGAAGAUGGGGGACAGAAUCACUGCACUUCAACAAUUGGUUUCACCUUUUGGAAAGACUGAUACAGCCUCAGUGCUCUCAGAAGCAAUUGAAUACAUUAAAUUCCUCCAUGAUCAAAUCAGUGUGCUGAGCACUCCAUACAUGAAAAGUGGAGCUCCCAUAAUUCACCCUCACCACCAGCAGGACAAGAAGCCAAAGGACAAAGCUGCAGAAGCUCAGAAUAAGGAUCUGAGGAGCCGAGGGCUGUGCCUGGUGCCUGUUUCCAGCACUUUUCCGGUCACCCACGAGACCACCGUCGAUUUUUGGACGCCGACAUUUGGUGGAACAUUCCGAUGAUUAGUUAAUCAUUUCAUUAUAGUUUUUUUUUUUUACUUACUACAUAUAUACACACAGACGAUUUCCAGCAAGAUUCCGACGAGGGAGGGAGAUGGGAAGAAGAAUUUAGAAUGUGGAAUUAGAUAACAAACAGAAGAUGGCCAAAAAAAAAAAAAAAAGCUCACUCACGUCGACGUACUAGAGAGCCCACACAUCAGUACUCAAGUUUCUCUUUUUUUUUUUUGGGGUUGGGAAUGAAAUCAUGAUCAGGAUUGGGAAAGACAACGACUGUUCAUCAUGUGGCCGACUAGCUAGCUGCUGAUAGAUGCCUUGAGAAGACGAACAAAGGAGGAGUAUUCUGUAUUCAUCAUCAAGCUGCUUGCUUGAUCGCUAGCAAGUUGGGUUCUUAUUGGCCGAGAAUUUGUAAUUGGGGCCAUUUUUAUGACUACUACUUUUAGCUCUGUAAUGUAACAAUUAAUCGGUAGCUAGGAAUCAGAAUAUAUAUGUAUAGCUAGUGAUGAUUGGUUGUAUUUGCUUUCUCUUGUUAGUUGUUGUUUACCUAGUUUUUAUGGUUGAUCGAGAUUCGAGAAAGAUAAUGAUAAGUUAAACAAG